ACUUCCGUCUCCACCCCUCUCUUCUGCCACCACGAUCCAGCAGCAGAGAACAGACAGCAGCAGCAGUAGUAGUUUUAUGGAAGGAAUGGCCAUGACGCUAACACCAUGUAUCGUUAGAUUAGAAUAAAAGAGAUGAUAUCAUGGGAACAUAACUGAAAUGAUAGUGGAUUAAAAGAGAAUUUAGUGGAACGAGAAUGUGGAUUUUUGCUACAGUGUGUUGUUGUGCUCUAUGGAGUAUCGCCGACGCCAAUGGUGCUCCAACGAUCCAGCCUUUCUCGUUUUCGAAGAAUGUGACAUUCGGUCGAACGAUAAAGACGUUGUGUACAGCCACUGGAAAGGAACCACUAUCUUUUCAGUGGAAUAAAGAUGGAUUGCCUUUAACACAUAACUCGCACAAUAUUAAAAUACAAACGCAUGACGAUUUUAGCAUAGUCUCCCUCACACCUGUCGAUUACAACAGUCCUGGAAAUUAUACAUGUAUAGUCAAGAAUUCAGAGGGAUAUGCCACUUACACUGCUCAACUCCUUAUACAAGCUCCUCCCAAGUGGUUGAAAGAACCUCAAGAUUCAUCUGUUGGACUGGAAGGACGGGUCAGCCUAGAUUGUGAAGUCCGUGGACAUCCAAGACCUACCAUCCGAUGGUUCCGCUUUGACGGUGAAGAUCGGAUACCAUUGAAGCCAUCUUGGAAGAGAUUCGAGGUGGCUGAAAAUGGUUCCCUCAUCAUCCGAGACGUGAAACCAGAAGACGCGGCCACCUACGAAUGCAAAGCAGCUAACGACAUCGGUGCGGCCAUCAGCAAGAAGAUAGCUCUGAGUGUACACGUUCCUGCUCGUUUUGAAGAAAAGUUUAAAGUGGAGAGUGUGAGAUGGGGAGAGACGGCCAUACUUCGGUGUGAAUCCCUGGGUGACAAUCCCAUCAGUAUAACUUGGACCAAGAAUGAAGCACCAGUCUCUGAGAAAGAAAGCUCCAGAUAUGAGGUAUACGAUAGCUCAACUGAAACAGGUGCCACUUCAGAACUGCAUGUACAAGUGACGGACCGCGAAGACAAUGGAUUAUUUGUUUGUAUUGCAAAGAAUGCGUUUGGUAAAGACGAACGAACUCUCAAACUAGUUGUACUCGAGGUUCCGGGUCCCCCAAGCGAUGUUCGUGUGGAGCAGACUUGGAGUCAAAGUGCUACUGUUCGGUGGAACGUUCCUUAUGGUGGCAACAGCCCUAUCACUUCUUUCAUUGUCCAGUUCUGGAGAGAUGCGGGUGCACCUCACAAACUAGAAGAAGAGAAAGUUUCAGCCUCCCAAACCUUCACCAUGCUUAAAGACCUUCAACCGGGUACAUCGUACGUUGUCCGAGUCCUGGCAGAGAAUGAAGUAGGAAGAGGGAACCCUUCUGAAUCACAGCAGUUUCUCACCAAAGAAGCAGAGCCUUCGUCCCCACCAACUGAUGUUACCGUUGAAGCUCGUGGUGCUGGUACAUUACGAGUGAAAUGGAAGACCCCUCCCCGAGAUCAGUGGAAUGGUCAGUUGAAAGGUUACUACAUAGGCUAUAAAGUGUCUUCAAGUACUGAUCCUUACUCCUUCAAAACUGUGGAAUUCAGCAAACAAGGGGAUGAAGAAUACCGUCUCACAAAUCUUCUGAGAGCCACAGAGUAUCAGGUUAUUGUACAGGCAUUCAACAGUGCUGGCAGUGGGCCACCUUCCCAGGAUGCUCUGGCUGAAACUUCCUCUAAAGAUCCCCCUUCACCCCCUUUCUUGUGGGUGGAUUUCCAAUCUCGUUCCAGCAUAGGAUUGAAAUGGAAACAUAAAAUGGAAAUCUCUGAAAAUGGCACAUCUGAUAUACCAGUUUAUUAUAUCCUGUAUUAUAAAGACGAAUAUGGACCAUGGAGUGAAAUCACUGUGCCAAAAUCUGCGGAAAAGACGUAUACUUUGGGGGGUCUUCGAGAAGGGACACGCUAUCAGAUAUACAUGAAGUCUACCUCAGAGACAGGAGACAGUGAUCCCAGCGACAUGCUCACACUCAAAACAGAAGGAGGCGCUCUGUCUGACAUGUCUUCCCAUCCAGUGGUGGAGAGAGGCGGGGAAGAAAUUCCCAUUUACCUCCACUCCUCUGUCCUGAUUCCUUUGGCCUCCUCUGUUGGCCUCAUCUUCCUGGUGCUCAUUGGGGCUUGCAUCUACGUCAAAAGGGUGGAGAAGCGCUACAAAGCAGCUGUGCCAGAUGCUCGUAGCUAUUCCUACAGUGGCAGUUCUACUUUGCCUCAUUCUCAGCAGCAGAGAUUCAAGGAUGUUGGACCCCCUCUCCUACGAAUUCCCCUUCCUCCCCAUCCACCACCUGAAGGUUAUCCACUUCCUUAUGCCACUAUGCCUAUUAGGAACGGUUCUACCACAACAGAAAGGAGGCGACCUUCUGAACGAGCCAUCGUUGUCGGCCGUAUGCUUCAUCAUGCUACCAUGGAUCGUAAGCGAAUGGCCACAGCAGGUGGUCUCACCAUUCAGGAAACUGCAGAAGUCCACCACUACGACAUGGCAGCUUGAUUUGAUUUCCUCCUCCUUCAUUACGACAUGACUAGAAGCAGCUUUAUUAAACUAAACAACUGCAAUUAGUCCAAAAAUUCAUUUCCUAAUGUCGUAGUGUAUUCACGAGUUUAGAUGUCGUGUGUCAUCUAUAAGUACAAAAACAUAGAUUUCCAAAAAUAUUCUUGUACUACUACACUACUAAUGGAAGAAAAUGGAAUGAUUGUGUCUUCUCCAAGAAUCUGGAUCUUCUUUUCAAAAUUUAAACCAAAGUAUUAAUUCAAAUGAAGGCUUUUAAAAAACUAGCAUAAAUGAAACCUCAAAUGUCAGCAAAUAUAUAUUCAUAGAUAUUAAAAACUUAAUACAGCUUAUAUUCCUUAUCGAUGAUCAUGUACAUAAAUCAACACAAAUAGUAUUUUGAUAUGGAACAGUAGAAAAAAAAAUUAUUUAAAUGUUCAAUUAAAACUUUAGCAAUUGCUAAUGAAAACAUUGUCUUUAUUUACAAAAAUGUUGUCUCCUAACAUAUCUCAUACUAUUGCAGCUCUUCAAUUAAACAUGUCUCAGCUCAUGAAGUACUCGCAUUCAGUUCUUUUUUUUUUCAGAGCUCAUAUUGCUUAUAGUUUAUUACGACUCCCUUUUUUCAAGUUUAUUAUAGUCACUAUUUCUUGUUCAUUUAUAUUAUAGUCAUUGUUACUCAUUUUUAAGCCAUAAAUUCCUAGUCAAAUGCAACAUAAAGAAAAAUCUUCUUUGUCCAGAAAAUUAUCUAGGUUAAUUAUUAUCUAUCAUAAUUCAGUGUCACAUCACACUACUAAAUAUUGUUAUUAUUUUUCAAUGACAUCAUAAUUGCUCAAUUUUCUUUAUUAUUAUUUUAAGUUAUGAUUAACUAAUUAAAUAUAUCAUAAUAAAAAUUUUCUUUGUCUCAAAAAUCCUUAAUUGAAAACAUGUUGUUGUCGGCCAUUAAAGCAAAUGAGGUGCGAUUGUUUUAGUUUUCCAGUGGCGCUAUCUAUGACCCGUUUAUAGAGCGGACCCAUCCUUUCAUCCACAGAUCGUAAUUUUGAACUAAAACAGAACGAUCAAUCUCUAAUUCAGUACCCCCAGAGGUAUAAUGUGUUAUGGGAACUGGGAGGAUUUUGUAAUCCAACAGAUUUAACGUGCACCAGUCACCAUUUAUUAUGAGGGGAGUUUUUGGCCGGCUGGAUUAAAACUCCCAUUAUCACGAACGCAAGCCCAGCACCCUACCUACCAGGAUAUCCCGGCCUGUUGAAAACAUGUAAAUUAUUUGAAUAUCUGAUUUUCAGAAACAGUGAAGAAAUUUUAAAAAAUAAUGAUGAAAGAAUGAUUCUGAAUUUUUACCUAUUUUGUUAGAUAAAAAUGUAUAGAUAAUUGAAAUUAUUUGUAUGAAAAAUUCUGUUUGAAAGCAGAUAUAAAUUUUAUGAACUUCAUAAAUAUUUUCAUGUGUGGUGCCUUCUUUCCAUUCAAGUUGUGUGUCAUGUGAUACUUCAUAAUGCUGCAAACAUAUUUAAUAACAAAAAUAGUAGUUUCUAAAGAAUUUCAAACCAAUGGAAUGUUAUGCUUCAACUUUAGGUGCUGAAUAAUUUGUGAGUUUUGUGAUAACGAUUUUGGACUGAAAACAAUGAACAUUUAAUAAAUGAAUGACUUCACUACUUACGCACAGAACUAUUAUAGGGACAUGAAUUACUUUUCCUUAUUUAUGGGGGGGGGAGACCCGCAAUAGGCAUUUCUUUUCCUUUUUGCAGAUAACAAUGUUCUAUAAAAACUGGAUUGCAAUUAUAUAUGUUCUAUUUAUGAUUUAGCACAAAAAACUGUAUAUAUAAAUAUUUUUAAUUAUUACCGUAUAUCCCGGUAUGUCAAAAUUUUACAAACUAUCUGGGGGUCUACUUAUAAAUCGGUAAUAUUGUUGGACAUCCGUCGAUUGUGAAAUAUCGAUGCAUUAUAAAUAAUGAGAUAGAUUAACGUGAAACCGCUUAAUGUGAAAUAUUGCUUUUGAUGAAAGGCAUGUUUGAUCUCUUGGGUCAGCAGUCAAUUAUUGUUGUAUUUUACAGUGUUUAACAUGAAAUUUUUAAGCUGAUUAUUGCUUAAGAUAAAAGGAAACUAGACACAGCACAGUAAUAAAUAAUUAGGUUUGGUAGUAUAGUAUGUUGUAAUAUAAUACCUGACCGAGUUAUUUUUUUAAAAUUUCAUAUCCGCUGUUGAACAGCUGACCCUGUUUUGGGUUUACGACUACUAAUGUUCAACUCUGAGACUUUGUCAGUUUGGACCCAUCCAAAAGACAAGGAAACUCCUGGAUCAGUACCCCCAGAGGUAUGAUUUGCUAUGGUAACAUGGGGAACUUAGUGACUCGACAGAUUUAAAGUGCAUCAGUCACCAUUUACUACUUCGGCUGGCGGAGAUUGAACCCGCAACCUCUUGGACCUGGGGCUACCAACUAGGUUAUCCCAGGCCCCAGACGAAGUUAUUGUAAUGAAUGGUGAUUUAAAUCCCAAUCAUUCAUUUUGAGGAAUGCUAUUUCCAUUUUUUUGCUUUGUUAGGAGAGCAGAUGGGCAAAUAAAUAAAAUAGUUUGAUUAAAGUGGUUAAAACUUUAAAGCUUAUUUUAAUUUGUUUGAUUCAUAAUAUUAUUGUUUGCUUACAUUAAUGUAAUACAUGAUUGUGUUCAUGAUGUAUUGGAUAAAACGAAAUCUGGUUCCCAUGAAAUAAUCUUGAUAGUCCCCCUGUUUUUGCGUUAACGAGGUUCGACUAUAUUAUACGCUCGACGUACAAGAAUUUUACUAUCUUGCAGUCAAAAAUAGGGUUUCGGCUCAAAUACCAGGAUAUACUGUAUAUUUAGUUUUUAUUAAUUAUUAGUUCUUCCUUUUUAUCAUUUGAAUAACUGAUUAGUCAGUAGUGUGUACAUUUGUUGGAAGAAUUAUUUUAAUUCAUUAAUAAUUUUGCUUGAUAUUAUACAUUUGCCUUAUGUCAUAUUAAAUCCUCACUUUUGACAUAGUCAACAAUUUAAAUGAAGAAAUAAACAGACUUUAAACGUGUGAGGGACUUUUUAAAAUUUUAGAUAACUGAUUAAAAAGAGACACGGUUAAUAUGUUGGCGUAGCACCAUCGAAGAGAAAUUAUUAAUGUCAGCAAAAGGAAAGUAGCAUUAUCUUUUUGUUCUUAUAAAAGAAAAACAUAAAUUAAUGCAGAAUAAACUACAUAACAUUUAUACAAACUAGACUUUUUAUUUUAAAUAUAGCUUAAAACAUGCUAUACUAAGAAAUAAACUUCUUGAAAUAAAGCUUAUUUUCAAGAAAAAAAAUAUGCUGAUAUUGUAAAGUUAUAAAAAAAAUAAUAAUAAAUAAGUAAAAAAGGUGAAUAGACCUUCAUUUAAAAGUCUACAAUUUUAACAUAAGUUGUAAUACAAUUUGCUGUUAUUCGUUUUAAUUUUCUUAUUUGUUUGUUAAUUAUAUUGACCUCAUAAAACCAGGAAUAUUAAAAUCUUUUUUUUUAUUUUGUCUUAGAAAACUGCAAUGCGUUUGCUUUUUUUUUAUUUUUUUUUUGAGGUACCGCCUCAGUAUUCCUUUCUGAUUAUCUUAAUUCCUCCAUUGUUCUUUUUGAACUUUACAAUAAUUUUACACAGUUUGGAAACUUUUUUUUUGUUCUCUUACUUGAUUAUUAAUAUGUCACCUUUCAAGUGAAGUUUUUCCUAAUUUAUUUAAAUAAAAAAAAACAUUGAUGUGGUAGAACACCUGUCAUUCUUCAAAAUAAUUUAUGUGUACUGUAGUUCCACUGAGAAAUUAUUGAGAAUUAACUUCAAAUUUUCGAUGGGUGUUAUUUUGCAAAUUGUGUUUAAAUGUCAUAACAAAUUGUUUAUUCAGUUUAAAUAGUCUUUUUUGUAAUGGCAAUCCAGUUAUUAUAGAUAUUAAGUAUAGUAGAUAUCUUCUAACAGUGCCAGAUGUUGUUUCCCUCCGAUCUUUCUAUUGCAAGUUUGUUAUGAAAUUGUUGCACAACUGGCUGAUGUCUUUCUUUUUUUUCUUUUUUCAUUUUUUUUUAAAAAAGAAACUCUUUCUUCAAUUUCCAGCUGGUCUGCAAAUUGAACUGAAGUGUGCAAUAAAAAAAAAAGUUUUUUUUAAGAAAAAAAAGUGCUGCUCGAUGGAUCGCAUGAAUGUCUGAAGAGACUUUUUGUUUUAUGAAAGAAGUUAUGUUUGCUAUAAAUGUAUGAAUGUGUUUUGUUUUAGUAAACAAAUAAUAAAUGUUGUCUAUAUAUAUAUAUUGAUGUCAGUAUUCUAUUUUGAAUUUGAUAUUAAGCACACGAUGUAUGAAAGUCUUUGAUGACUGUUAGGAAACUUCUUUUCUUUACAAAUUCAAUAAAAUUAUUUCUUUUUUUUA